AUGUCUAUCACUGCCACUGCCUUCAAGUCCCUCACCAUGGCUGAUUCCUGCCUCCUCUCUUCUCCCUCCUCUCUCUUCCACAACAUAAUCAAACCCUCUAUCUUCUCCCCUCCCUCCAAACCCCUCACACUCCAAUUCUCAUGCCUCAACUCCUCCCCCUCGCUCUCUCUCUCCCUCGCCGCACGAACCCAUCGUUCCCCUGUUUUCACGCACGUCGCCCAAACCUCCGAUUGGGCCCAGCAAGAGGACAACACCGCCACCAUCCAGGACCAAGAAGAACGACAAGAGCAGGGUGGUCUCCUUGAUUGGGAGCCCAACGGUGAAGGCGCAGAAGAUGAGGGUUUCGUGGAACCUCCGGAAGAGGCCAAACUCUUCGUCGGGAACUUGCCUUACGACGUUGAUAGCCAGAAAUUGGCCAUUCUUUUUGAACAAGCCGGAACCGUUGAAAUUGCCGAGGUGAUUUAUAACAGGGAUACUGACCGUAGUCGCGGAUUUGGGUUUGUGACGAUGAGUACUGUUGAAGAAGCUGAGAACGCUGUGGAGAAAUUCAAUAGCUAUGAUUACGAUGGAAGACUGCUGACUGUUAACAAGGCUUCUCCGAGAGGAGCUCAGCCUGAACGUCCUCCUCGUCGUUCCUUUGAGCCUUCCUUUACAGCCUAUGUUGGUAAUUUGCCAUGGGAUAUUGAUAAUACCAGGUUGGAGCAAGUUUUCAGUGAGCAUGGUAAGGUUGUGAGUGCUAGGAUAGUCUAUGACAGGGAGAGUGGUCGUUCACGUGGCUUUGGCUUUGUCACAAUGUCUGAAGAGUCGGAAAUGAAUGAUGCUGUUGCUGCUCUUGAUGGUCAGAAUUUGGACGGAAGAACAAUUAGGGUGAAUGUUGCUGAGGACAGACCGCCCAGGCGUAGCUCAUUUUGA